AAGAUUUAUAGUAUCGUUCAGUAGAAAGGCGUUUCUCGGUCGAUGCACAAUGCUGGGUGUUGUUGGAGUGCUCCUCCUGGUGGCGUUCGCCACGCUGCUUGUGUGCGAUUUCCUUUGGCGCAGGCGGGGCAAUGGUGUUCUGCCGGGUCCGCGGCCACUUCCCUUGCUGGGCAACCUGCUCAUGUACCGCGGCCUGGAUCCUGAACAAAUCAUGGACUUUGUCAAGAAGAACCAGCGCAAGUACGGUCGCCUAUACAGGGUGUGGAUUCUCCACCAGUUGGCCGUGUUCUCCACGGAUCCGCGAGACGUGGAGUUCGUGCUAAGCAGCCAGCAGCAUAUAACCAAGAACAAUCUGUACAAGCUGCUCAACUGCUGGCUGGGCGACGGAUUGCUGAUGAGCACGGGCAGGAAGUGGCAUGGACGCAGGAAGAUCAUCACGCCCACGUUCCACUUCAAGAUACUGGAGCAGUUCGUCGAGAUCUUCGACCAGCAGAGCGCUGUGAUGGUGGAGCAGCUUCAGUCCCGGGCAGACGGCAAGACGCCCAUCAACAUCUUUCCUGUGGUUUGUCUAACUGCCCUGGAUAUAAUUGCAGAAACUGCGAUGGGCACAAAAAUCAAUGCCCAAGAAAAUCCCAAUCUGCCCUAUGUCCAGGCUGUCAAUGAUGUCACCAACAUCUUGAUUAAACGUUUCAUUCACGCUUGGCAGCGGGUGGACUGGAUUUUCCGGCUAACGCAGCCAACGGAAGCUAAACGCCAGGACAAAGCCAUCAAGGUGAUGCACGACUUUACCGAGAACAUUAUCCGUGAGCGGCGUCAAACGCUGGUCAACAACUCGAAGGAUACAACUCCUGAGGAGCAAGUGGAUUCCUUGGGCCAAAAGCGACGCAUGGCUCUGCUGGAUGUGCUGCUGCAGUCCACAAUCGACGGCGCCCCCUUGAGCGAUGAGGAUAUCCGCGAGGAGGUUGACACGUUCAUGUUCGAGGGCCAUGACACCACAACCUCGGCGAUUUCCUUCUGUUUGUAUGAGAUCUCCAGGCAUCCGGAGGUGCAACAGCGACUGGUGCAGGAGAUUCGCGACGUUCUCGGCGAGGAUCGAAGGCGGCCAGUUACCCUUCGUGAUCUGGGCGAGCUGAAGUAUAUGGAGAACGUGAUCAAGGAGUCGCUGCGCCUGCACCCACCAGUGCCCAUGAUCGGCCGCUGGUUCGCCGAGGAUGUGGAAAUACGUGGCAAGCGUAUUCCGGCGGGCACUAACUUUACGAUAGGCAUUUAUGUCCUCCUUCGUGAUCCUGAGUACUUCGAGUCUCCCGAUGAGUUCCGACCGGAGAGAUUCGAGGCAGAUGUUUCGCAGAUUCAUCCGUAUGCGUACGUCCCGUUCUCCGCCGGACCAAGAAACUGUAUUGGCCAGAAGUUUGCCAUGCUGGAAAUGAAGAGCACCGUCAGCAAGCUGCUCCGUCACUUCGAGCUGCUGCCCCUGGGUCCUGAACCCCGGCACUCGAUGAACAUCGUCCUGCGGUCGGCCAACGGCGUUCAUCUGGGCUUGAAGCCUCGCGCCUCAUGAGGAAUUCAUGUCUCCUGUAUUUAGCUUAGAAUAAACGUGUAUACAAGUA